UUCUAUUGAAUUCCUAAGAUUAUGAUUAAUAGGCGGGUUUGACUUAAAAGUUUUGUCUACGGAGAGGUUGUUAAGUGAUGAUUGCGUCAUCUGUAUGGAGUAUGAGCGAGUCCAAAAGGCAAAACUUUACCUUGCUUGAAAAAUCUGCCUUGGCUGAAUGUAUAAUAAAAUAUAAACAUAUUAUUGAAAAUAAGACUACUGACGCGGUAACGAAUAAACAAAAACAAGAUGCAUGGAAUUCGAUUGCAGAAAAAUUCAAUAGAAUUCCUGGUGUUACUUUGCGGAGUGUGAAACAACUGAAUUUCUGCUACAAAAAUUUAAAAAGAAAAGCGAAGAAACGGAAGGCGUAUGAAAUAGAACUUCGUAAUGGGGGCUGCCCUACGGUAACGCAUGAAGAUGAUGCAAUAAAUGAAACUUUAUUUGCCGUAAGUGCAGCAACAUCUUCGCAAAAAGAAGUGUUUGAAUGGGUUGAUAAUUUUCUAAACGUGCAAACUUCUGAUUCUGAGGAAGGGAACUUGGAAAAGGAUGCUAAUAAUUUGGAAAAAGAUAAUUCAGGAAAUGCUCCUGAUGAAAUAACAGAAAAGGCUAUUGUGCCUGUAGAACAACAACCAGUUUUGCAUGUUAUAUCCCCAGGUGAGGCUACUAAGUCAUCUUCUUCACAGGUAUCAAAAACUCAAAAACAUGAAGUAUAUUCACCUUUAUAAAAAAAUGAAAUUGAAAAAUAUUCAAGAAUUACACCAACAUCUAAACUUCUUAAGAAAAUGAGAAGGGAUUGUACAGCAUCUAGUGUAGUCACAGCUGCUCUGUUAGAAGAAUUAAAACUUAAAAAUGAAUUCCUAAGAGAGGAACAUGAAUUAAUGAUGAAGUAUAAGAAAGAAAAAGAUGAUAUAAAAAUGGAAAUUUUAAGGACAGAUUUAAAAAUUAAAAAGAAAAUGCUCGCUGUUUUAGAGACUGAUUGCCAAAAAAUAAAUUUCAGCCUAAAUCUUUCUAAUUAAAGAUAACUGUUUCAUUGUAUUUAAUGAAGUUCUUUCGUGACUUACAAUUUCUCGUUUUAGAAAUUUCAUGAGGUCUUCGACAUUAAAACUUUCCUCAACUACUUUCUAGCAAGCAAAAUAAAAUUUUACAUUGUGAGGAAUACAUUUCAUUAAUAAAGGAUACAGUAAACUUCUGUAUGAUUCAGUUUUGAUUCUUAUCGAAAGAUCGCUAAAUUCGAUAACGAUAACGUACAUUAACUUGUAUAUUACAUGUGUCAUAUAAUUCUCUCAAAGCACGAAUAUCAUUUGAACUUUGGACAGGUCGUAAAUUUAAUAGUUUAUGCAUGUGCGAAUUAAUAAGGAGGUCUUUCCGACCAUAUCUGUCGUUAAGAAUUUUAAGUACUUUGUCGUAGUUUUCUGGCGAUAAAGAAAAUUCUUCUAUUGUUUUUAAAAAUAUUUACUCAUAUGAAUGAAACAAAUGAAGCCUUCUUUUUAUCCUAUCAGAGUGAAGAAAUCAUUUUGCUAAUGCGGUUUAGAUAAUUCCUACUAUUUAAGAAAGUUUUGUAUUUCUAAUUCAUUUAGAAUUGUCAUUGGACACAUAAAUAAACUAGAGAAUUAGUCAUUAACUGACACAUAGUUAAACUUAGAAUUAUAUGAAGAAUUUUAUUUACAAAAGGAAGCUGAUAUUUUGCUAGAAAAACUAUCAGAGUAUGAAUUUAAAAAUAUUAAUAUUCAAAUUAACAGAAAUCAGUAUAUUCCAUGAAGAAAAAUUCUGGGAUUUAUUGAUCAAGGAAUAAAUUAUGAAUUCUCUGGAACUGUUAUUUGUGCAGAAUCUUGGACACACUGUCUUCUAAAUAUUAAAGAAAACACUGAAACAGUGACAGGCAAAAAAUAUGAUUUUGUCUUAUUGAAUAACUAUCCUGACAGACUUGCUAAAAUAUCAAUGCAAGAUAAUGAAGUUUGUCUUAAACAAGAAUGUGAAAUACCCACCAUCAGUUUACGUGCAAAACGUCGAAUGAUAUUUUCAAGGCAAAAUUUUAUAUUCCAUACUGUGUACUUAAAUAAUGGUUCACUAAUUGUUAUAAAAUCACCAACAAAUAAGUUUUGGAUGCAUAGAAUACUUACUCAACCUGAUGUUAAAAAUCCGAGAAUUAAUCUUACAUUUCGAAGUAUAAAAAUAUCAAAAAUAAAAAAAAAUGACAAUUGGAAGAUGAUGACGUUGAAUUCCCAGAGGGUGACUGGCUUCUCAACUACAUGAAAUCUGCUCCUGCAAGUAUCUUCAUGCCAUAAUCAAGAAAGGAAAAAAGAAAAUUUGAAGUUAAUAACACAGUGGACUGUUGGUUGUAGAUAUUUUGUAUGCAUAAUUCAAUUCAAAAACAGAAUGAACAUUCAUGUAUCUGAAUUUGUGGAACAAAAUAACAAACAGUAUAAAAAAGUUAUAUCCUACUACACAUGGUAUUGUUAUAACUCCUGCUACAUGGCAAGAAUUUUCUGCAAAAAUAUUUGAAUUUAAUCUUGCUUAUACAAGUGCCAGCCUCGUUUGUAAUAAUGAGUUGAUAGUGUUCAACAAACAAAGUGAAUGUAUUUUACUGCAAGUUUUUAAACAGGAUGAACAUUCCUUUAAACUAAAACCUACUUAUUUAAAAUUAGACUAUGAUAUUUUAAGAAGACUCGAAUGAAAUUAUUCCAGAUGUAUCUCAUGCUUCAUAUAAAUAUAUUUUUGAGAUUAUUUUACCACUACAAUUCAGAUGUAAAAACAUUUGUUCAACUGAAACAAGUAAUGAUGAACUUUUUAAAGAACUCGUAAACUCUCUAUGAAAUCUGAAUUAAAUUCAGUGAUUAAAAAACUCUUUAAAUGGGAGGAAGGCAUUAUAAAUGAUUCUUUGCAAACAAGACUUGAAUGCACAAUAAUAAAUGUUGAUGAUAGAAUUAAAUGUAUUGGUGAAAAUGUAUUUUUAUGUAUAAAUUUUAAAAAAUGCAAGAGACUGUAGGGCCAUGAGAAAAAGCGCUUAUUUCGUGACAUGUUUUUUGAAUCUAAAUGUUGUGAAGUUUACAAAGUGCUUUGAGUAAAGCUGUUCUAUUUAAAUUUCUAUGUUUGAUUGAUGUUAUGUCUGUUUUGAUUUUCUUGUAUUUUUUUAAUAGAAAUGUACUGAAAAUUUUGUUUUAAUUAAAAAAAUAUGUAAAUUAUUAUUUUUUUACUAAUUAAUACAAUACAAUUAAUAGCAAUAUCCAAUAAAUGGAUACUGCUAUUAAUUUGAUAGAAAUUUAUGAAAAAAUUUUAAGUAUGUUUUUUAAUAUAGUAUAGGAAGAUGUUUUUUGAAAAAUAAAUAAAUGUAUUGAAAAGGAAAAUAUCAUUAUUUUUAUUACAUUUUUUAAAGCUUUAUACUAUAUUUCCAAUGCAGUAUAUGUUUUAAGUGAUUCACUCGUGUUGAAAAUAAGGGUUUAUGAAGCGAUUCAUCUCCGAAAAUUUAAUUUGUGCAAUAUGUUUGUGAUUCUUCCUGAAAUCAAGUGAUCUGAUUAGACAUUUUCAAAUCUCAUGAAAGAAUCUUCAGAUGUAGCGUGUGUACUAAGAAAUUUAUUGAAAUUGAUAGUCAUCAAAUUUCUCAAUUUAGAAUUUGUAGUGAAUGAUAAGUUUUUUUUUUUUUUUUUUUUUUCAUGUUAAAAGAAUAUGGAAGCAUAAAGUUAUUUUUAAGUGUAAAUCAUGCUAAAAAAUAUUUAGUGAGCUUAAUGAUAUAAAAACAACAUGCAACUUUAUAUGUUAGACAUUGUACUGAAUGUUCAGACUUUUUUUUUUCAAAUAAGAGGUAUUUGGAGUGACAUGUGAAAUCUCAUGAAAUUUUUUGAAACCUGUUAAUGCACUAAAAUCACAAGUCUUAAUUGUCUUUUCUUCAACACAGAGAAUAAUCAUGACUUAGAUGUGUUUCUUGAAUACAUAAAAUUGCAACUUGAAGAAAAAUUGAGUUAUGAUGUAGAUACAUAUCAGUGUCUGAAAUGGUAUUCAGUAGGUACCGUUAAUAAGAAUCGUGAAUGUGAAAAUAGAGAAAUUGAACAUAUUUAUCUGUAUUUUUGUAGCAACUGUUUGCAAAGGGCAUGAUAUAGAAAGAGAGAUUGGCAAAGCUUUCAAAAAGGUAUAUAUAAAAAAAAAAAGCUUUGAGGAAUUUAAUGAACAUGGGUUCUGUGUAGGUCUUGAAAAAAGUUGUUCAAUGUGAACUAAAUAUUGUAAGAUAUGGACAUCUUUCUUCCAAUAGUUAGUUAUUCAGCUCUUUAAAGGUAAGACUGCUAAACUUUUAAGUUUAAUACAUAUACAUUUAUUGAAUGAUGAUAUUCCAUUGAUUAAUGUAACUGUAAUUAGUAAACUAAUGAAAACCGAUGUUAUGGAAAAGAAAACUAUAGAUGCAUUUACAUUUCCAGAUAUAUAUCAAAGUUCGGUACUUUUCCGUUUUGCCGGCCCAAACGAUAAAGCCACCAAUAAUGGUACAACUAAUGUCAAACAGAAUAUCUUCACUGGUAACCUUUUACGCUUCAUUUUCAAAACAAGUCGCAGCCAUUUCUUAAAUACUGGCAUAUAAUUAUAUAGAAGUUUUACAAGAUUGUUCAAUUUUAUGUCCUAAGACCAUUCGCGGUAAUUAAGUAAAUUAGGAUGCAAUCAUACUGCUCAGCCGAAGGCGAAAAUAUAGA